AGGGAAGCCAGCAUUCUUUCCCUCGCUCCUUGCACUAGGAAGAACGUUUGCGUCAUUGCUCCAGGACAAUUUUGAUAUCCAGGGCUUUGGCGACCAUCACACAGGCCCUUAACUAUGGGCUCGGAAAACGCAGAUGUCGCUGCUGUAGAGCCGCAUGACGUUUCACCGGUGCUGCAAGAUUCACCGAAAUUAGAAGCCGUUGCGUGGCUCGACCAGGAGGAAGCACGCAUCGUACGACAUUUACUUGCUGUACGUGCAAUCCGCAAUACUCUGGCGCCUGCGAUCAAUUGUCUCCCGGACGAAGUAGUUGCCUGUAUCAUGAUGUUCUACAAGGAGGGCUACGGAGGUUGGCCCGCUUUAGGAUGGCAGAAAAUUACACAUGUCUGCCGAUGGUGGCGUGGCGUGGCAUUGCAGACGGCUUCACUAUGGAGUCAUAUCAACAUAUCUAACGUCGAAAGGACUCGCGCACAUCUAUCCCGGUCUCGGGGUGCACCCCUAGAUAUUUAUGUUUCGAGCCCAUGCAUUCCAUGUCCCGCUGAAGCAGUCGUAGACUUGCUCAUCCCUCAUUCGCGUCGCAUUGCAAAUUUCGAUGUUUCAGUCGCGGCAUCAUCUGCCCAUGCGUUUGCCCGGUUACUCCUGCACCCUUUACCCAUGCUUCAUAGGUUCAGGUUUACAAACGGUCUCGCGCCCUCUCCAAUCCCACUGCGUCUUACUCUCAAUAUCGGUGAAGGUCAAUCCCAGUUUCAAGACCUUGAGCUUUGUAUGGCUUAUAUACCAUGGGAAUCGCCCGCGUUCCAAGGGCUGCGUACAUUAAAGCUACUUGCUCAGAUAGGCGAUGAUGCAACGCCAUCAAUGAAUAGAUUCUUGGACAUUCUGGAGUGCUCUCCCCAGCUGGAAGUUUUGUCGUUGGUGUAUGCUGGCCCUGUCAUGCCGAUUGCAGGGUACCCUGAGCCCAUGCGAAAGAUCCGGCUAGCGUCACUCAGGGAUCUCAACCUUACCAUCCACGCCCUCGACGCCGCAGAUCUCUUGACACAUCUACAAAUACCCAAGACGACAAAGAUAGAGAUAUCCUGUCAUCUGGAAGAGCUGAACCAGGAUUUCUCCACUUUAUUUCCGCCGGAUUUGAAUGGGCUUGAACUCCUGGCAUCCGUGCACGAAAUUGCCAUUGAGUGCAGUAAGGACUGCUCCAAAUUCGGUUUGCGCGCCCUUCGGUUCCAGGAUGGUCGGGCUGAACAAAACUUGCAUGUUAAAUACAAAGCAAAAGAGGACUCAGGUCCACAAUGGGGUCUGACCGCUCCCGAUUUCCUUCGCACAGCUGCUUUCAUCUUUGCACGAUCCCCUGUGACGCGUUUGAAUGCGAUACUUUAUUCGGAGACCAUAUCUAUGGAUGAUUGGCAAUACCUCUUUGCGCAGCUGCCAGGACUGACUCAUACGGGCCUCGGUAUCGGUUUGGGGGAGGAUGGGACAUUCAUUGACUAUGGUCUACUCACAGUGCUGGGAGGGGAUCCGGGGACGGAGUCUGUUCCCUGUCCUAAGUUGACCUGCCUGGAAAUCUACCAUACCUGUUUUGACAAUGCCUACAACGAUGAGCUUGAACAGUGCCUGAGAUCACGCGCUGAGAAGGGAGCAGCGAGAUUAUCCAAGCUCAAACUAUCGAUGAUGAGAUGGACUGGAGAUGGCGAAGUUCAAUGGCCAGAUGUGCAAGAGUUGGUGGACGUUUUCGAACAUAACAUGGAGGGGGAAGAUGAAGGGGACUGGACAUUCACGAACGUCCAGUGAGAGAGGGCAGGGCGAGGAACACAGGCUCAGUCAUCGUUGCAGCAGUCACUCAUGACUCGCGGAUGAAACUGGAUGGCUCUACGAUCUCCACCUGUGUCGAACAGAUGUUGUAAAUUUUGUGGUUCGCACCUGGAAUACAAUGGCGUGGGGUCGCAUGCCGACUAGUCUCAUCAUUCGUCAACUUCACUAAGCGCGACGUGGAAUUAUGUGUACCUCACCAGCAACGGUUCCCAAGUCGUUCAGGCGAUUCGUUGCCUCCUCGACAGCAGUGAGUAUUUCUACUUCAUUCACAUGCGUUGAGUGAAUAUUCGGAGAUCGAAGGCACCCCAAUGUGUGUCAAUCGCUCUGCUUGGCUGUGUGUACUCGAGCACUUCCCAAUUCUUUUGCGUAUGCAUUGAAGCAUCAAUGUUGUUCUCAGUGCACCUGCAGAAUAAAUCUCGGUAUCGCC